UGAGGACUACAAGUGAUUUUUGGUGACGUUAAUCUCAUGGAGCAGCUGUAGGGUUGGAGGACUGUUGCUCAUCAUUGCGCAUGAAGCGGCAGUGGCGCGGCUCCUCUCCUAGUUGACGGGAAUUCGCUGACACCAAUUAUUUUCGCGGGCAGAUGCACGCACAUCACCAUAUGCCGCCUAUAGAAAACUGGACUGAAGUGCGCUACCAGUUACAACGUUGAUUUGAAUGCUAAGGACAAUUCGGUGACACGGACUUUUAUCGCCAGUAUAAACUGAACUGUAUGGCAUGUUCUCCGCCACCAAUCGCUACAGAUAGACUUCACCAGACGCCUCCACACCUCCAGCAAUGAUGGCUGUUCUCCGCUCUGGAGGAAGUGUGUUCAUCAUGCUCCUCAUUAGCAGGAUGUUAGAGAACUCACUGCUCAGUGCUGAAGUAAAGGAGGGAGAGAUUCUGCCUCCCACCAUUCAGAAGCUGAUGAAAGGAUACAACAAGUACCUCAGGCCUUUCUUUGACAAUGGGCCAGUGACUGUGGGCAUGAGUUUGGACGUUGCCAGUAUUGACACCAUAUCAGAGAUCAACAUGGACUACACGGCCACCAUCUUCCUGCGUCAGCGCUGGACAGACGAGCGCCUGGUGUUUGAGGGGAACAAAAGCCUGAGUCUGGACGGCAGGCUUGUGGAGCUGCUCUGGGUACCAGACACAUUCAUCGUAGACUCCAAGAAGUCCUUCCUCCAUGACAUCACUGUGGAGAACAGGCUGAUAAGGAUCUUCCCCAAUGGAACAGUGCUCUACGCCCUGAGGAUCACCACCACUGUGGCCUGCAACAUGGAUCUGACCAAAUAUCCCAUGGACAAGCAAACCUGCACUCUGCAACUGGAGAGCUGGGGCUACAACACCAACGAUGUGAUGUUCUACUGGACCAGAGGGAACGAGUCGGUCAGUGGUUUGGACACGCUGCGUCUGGCCCAGUACACAGUAGAGGACCACUACACCUCUGCGUCUGAGGCCAUCUAUGAAACAGGCCACUACCCCAAGCUGAUCUUCCACUUUGAGCUGAAGAGAAGCAUCCUGUACUUCAUCCUGGAGACAUAUGUUCCCUCUAGCCUGCUAGUGGUCCUGUCCUGGGUGUCUUUCUGGAUCAGCCAGUCUUCCGUCCCCGCGAGGGUCUGCAUCGGAGUGACCACGGUUCUGACCAUGACCACGUUGAUGAUGGGUGCCAGGACGUCCCUGCCCAACGCCAACUGUUUCAUCAAGGCCAUCGAUGUGUACCUGGGCAUCUGCUUCAGCUUCAUCUUCGGAGCCCUGAUCGAGUACGCCGUGGCCCACUUCUGCACCCUCAACCACCCCGACGCCAACAUUGUCAUGUACGGUCACCAGAUGGGAGGCUUUGACGAGGAGAUGAACGGCAUGGUCACUACCAUCGCUGCUGAAAACAAUAGGGCCAAGAGGCGUAAGGAGAAAGCUGCUGCAGUCUCAGCGCCCAUGGCAGAGCUGGAACUGGGCCCCUCCAGCCCCACUGGCAGUGAGCCCAAGCCCGAGUCUCCUGAGGAGCCCCCCAAUCGCUGCCUCACUGUCCUGGUCCUCCUCCGCAAGUUCCUGCGCAAAGCUGCAAACUGUUGCCAUGUGGAGAAUCCCCACUUAAUAGACAACUACUCCAGGAUGACCUUCCCCCUCUCCUUUGUAUUCAUCAACCUCCUCUACUGGACAUACUACCUGUACUUGUAACACACAGGAGUGUGUGUUUCGGUAUGUGCAUGUGUGUGUGUGGGUGUCUGAAUCUGUGUGUUUCUGUUUGUAAGUGGGAUUCGUUCAUACUGUAUGUGUUUUUUCUCAAACAAUACACAUGUUUACAUUUACGGUCAUGAGUGAAGCAUAGUGUACAGUAGACCACCAACUACAGUACAACAUCCUGAGGAGAAUUACAUGUCCAUGCCUCGUUUAUUAUACCUGAUUCAGCUCAUUACUGCUCUCAUAAUUGAUGAAUUUCCAGUAAGUUCUGUCCAUGAUGGCCUGCUGACAGAUGACCUAUGGCUGGUGUGGAGCAGAGGAGUGAGUGGCUGGAUGCGCUGUGUAAUAUUUAUGAAUGAGCUGCGAAGGGAAGCAUCCAGAGUACCUCUGGGUUAGGCUGGGUCCACACUUAAGCUCCGAAUGGCAAUAUAUACAAUAUAUAUAUUGAGAGAGGGAAUGAGAGAGACAGAGAGAGAGAGAGAGAGGGAACACUAAAAUAACACA